AUGAAUUUUGAUUUUGAAUUGAAAAUAAUCGCUGUAUUCAAAAAUUGUAUUUAUCUCACAAUUUCUUUCAAAAAUUGUUCAAUAGUUUACAAAAAACAGACCCUCAUCACGGAAGAUUCUGAUUCUGACGAUAUUUUCCUGGAUGUUGUCAAGAAGCUGAAAGUAUACAAUACUGGUGCACAAAAGCCCACUGCAACAUCCAAAUCUUGCCCUACUAAAACAAAAAAUAGAAAUUAUCAAUGUGAACCUUAUUAUUCUGAGCGUGGCUUACCGCAACUCCAGCAUGGCUUCCAAGUAAGUGGUACAAAGGUUCUUCCCGAGUCAUUAGCAUUUAUACAACCCACUCAUCUUGACGAUUUCAAAGCUAAAGAACGCGAUUAUAAAACUCUUCCUGUCGAUCAUAGAAGUGCAUCUAAAUUCUCGCACUUUGAUAGAAAGCCGAGACGUUACUUUUGUAACGGUACGCCUUCGAUUACGAAAAAAUUUAUUGAAACGCAAAAGAAAGAAUAUGAACAGUUGGAAAAGGAGAAUGAUGCAUAUAGGAAUUCGGGUAUUAUUCCGCAAUGGGCAUCUGUCGGAGUGAAUACGACAUGCGCUGUUUACGGAAAUAAGAAGAAAGUCCAAGUUAGAUCUAAGUAUGCCAAAGUUAUGGCACUUUAA